AUGCAAGCGAACCACCCAAUCAAUUUCUGCAAUGGAAAAGAGAUUAGCAAAAGAGGAGAUCAAGCUACUACGAAAGCAACAACGCCUUCAUCACCUACCAAAUUUAUUAACGAGAUGGAUGAAGUGUUAAGAGAACGAAAAUGGGAGACAGAAAAAACCAAAGAUUCAUUAUCCGCUGCGAUACAAUACGAAGAAAAGCUCAAGGCAGAGAAACAGGGUAAAGAACAAAUGCAGAUGAGGGCUAGGCUAAAGGAUGUUGAAGAAGAGACAGAAUGGAUUAGAAACUUUUACCUUCUGAAGGAUGAUUUUCCAGAAGAUCCUAAUGAUCAAAAUGUAUUCUGGAUUAAUGUUGGUGGGGGUCCUUUCGUUAAACCGAUAGGUCGGCCAAUAAGACUUGUUUCCCCCUCCUCCUCUACGCCAGAUCCCCAAAUACAGCGACACGGACGUAUCAACUUCUAUAUCGUCCUCCUCGGUAUGAGCCUAAGAUUAUUGCAGAAGCUUAAUGUAAGAUUAAUCUCAUAUAAUUAUCAUCAUUUUAAUCAUCCAUUUCUGCAUCAUGAGUUAUUUGUAAGAAAUUAUUAUAACAGUUCAGAACUCGAGAGUUUUGUCAAGGAUGAAUGCAGGUCAGGGAAGAUAAAGAAACUUAAUGAUGGUUUGAAAUUAUUUGAGAAAUUGAUCUUGGAAAAGCCAUUACCAAAUACUGAUACAUUUAACCAUGUAUUGGGAUCAUUAUCGAAGAUCAAAUGUUAUUCAAAUGUCAUUAAGUUGUAUAAGAAGAUGAGUUUGGUUGGGGUAAGACCCAGUAUUUACACAUUAAGCAUUUUGAUUAAUUGUUUCAGUCAAUUAGGCCAAGUGAAUCAUGGGUUUUGUUUGCUUGGAGAGAUUAUAAAGAGAGGUCAUCAUCCUGAUACAAUCUUUUUCAAUACACUGAUCAAAGGACUGUGUAUGAAGGAUGAGAUUGAAGCUGCCUUAAAAGUGUUUGGUGAAAUGUCUCAAACGAGUACGGGACCUGAUAGAUAUACAUGUAAUACUCUGGUACCUGGGCUUUGUAGGACUGGAAGAGUGGAUCGUGCUAUGGAGCUGAAAAACAGGAUGGGGGAAUGGAAUUGCAGCCCUGAUGUUGUUUCAUAUUGUGCCAUCAUAGAUACACUUUGCAAAGGAGGUUUAAUUGAUGAAGCUUUGGUUAUCUUCUCUGAAAUGCUUAGAGAUUCAAAUAUUGUGCCGAAUGUAGUUGUAUACAGUUCUCUGAUUAAUGGAUUUUGCAAGUCAGGCCGGUUAAAUGAGGCAAAGAAACUCUUAGAUGAGAUGGAAAAAAGAGAUAUCUAUGCAAAUGUUUACACCUAUAGUUCUAUAAUUCAUGGUCACUGCCUACACAAUCAAUGGGACGAAGCGAGAAGAUAUGUUGAUGAAAUGAUGGACCGAGGGAUUUUACCCGAUACAGUAACUUUUAGUAUAUUAAUAGAUUCGCGUUGUAAAGAUGGGAUGAUGGAAGAUGCUUGGGUGUUAUUUGAACUGAUGGAGAAGUUAAAUAUAAAGCCUGAUAUGUUUACUUACACCUCAAUGAUCCACGGUCUGUUUUUGUCAGGUUGGUUGAAAGAUGCGGUGAAACUGUUUGACUCGAUGCUGAAUAAGGGCCUUCAACCGGAUAUUAUCACUUGCAAUAUGUUAAUCAAUGGGUAUUGCAAGAAUCGUAAGAUAGAUGAAGCUAUGCAGCUAGUCAAGAAAAUGAAACAAAAAGGAUUGCAACCCACAACAGUUACUUCCAGUAUACUAUUAGAGGGACUGUUUCGGGUUGGAAGAGUUAAGGCUGCAAUGAGUUUAUUCAAUGAUAUGCCAUCUUUAGGUCAAUCUCCUGAUGAAGUUACAUAUGGUAUAAUGUUGGAUGGAUUCUGUAAGAACGGAAAAAUUGAGGAAGCAAUAGAAUUGUUUGAAUCUAUGGAGCGUACAGGUGUCUCAGCUAAUAUUCACAUGUACAGUAUUCUUAUUUACGGUUUUUGUCAGGCUGGUAAGUUGGAAGAUGCAAGAAGACUGUUCAACGAAAUUCCAAGAAAAGGAUUAGUGCCUGAUGUAAUAACAUAUACCGUUAUGAUGGAUGGCCUCUUUUGUAGCAAGAUGUUAUCUGAGGCUAGCAAAUUGAUCAUCGAAAUGGAGGAGAAGGGUUGUUUACCAGAUGCUGUAACGUAUAACACCAUCAUUAGGGGUUUUCUUAUUGCAAAAGAGACUGACAAGGCAUUGCAAUUUCUUUGCAGGAUGCGUGAAAGAGAAUUUUUACCAAGAGAUCCUGUUGUUUCCUUGUUGACAAAUACUCUCUCCGCAGAUGAGCUGAAAAAGUUAAUUCAGUCGAGCGGUCUUCAAGCUGCUGCGGUGAUAAAAAAUGUAGGUAUGACAGAAUGGCGACUAGAGAAGCUUGAUAUGUGUUUUCACUCAGGUUUCUGGUGCACCAUGUUAUUUGUUCGAUCUCAGUUAGGACUUGACAUCAUUACUAUAUCUGUCUUCAGUAGUUUUUGCAUGCAUCUUGCUGUCUUUAUCUUAUUCAUAUUUUUAACACUGAAGACAAUAGUGCCUGCUUUAGUUGACAGCAAAGCAAGACCAUGGACCUACUUAAUCUGGAAUUCGAAGUUUAAAGUUCCAGAUCUUGGAAUUCCACCUUCGAUCCAGUUGAAACAGAUAAAAGGAAACGUUUAUUAUAGGGUUGAUCUUAGUUCCAUAUCAUCAUCAGUGUUCACAUUCCAUGGAUGGAAUUGGCUGGGAGAACACAGAAGUCCUGCUGCAACUGGUACUAUGGUAGAGUUGUGGUUUCUAAACAAGAAAGCUGUUUUUGAGCAAUGCCAUCCUGAUAGUAGAGCGCUAAAGCUGAAGAAUUGGCAGUGGGUGCAUGAUUGUGGUGUGAGAAUAAAAGGAGAUAUUUGGAACACUUCUUAUGAUAUCCAGACUCUUCAAUUCUUCAGUCUGGGUCAGGGAUUUUUUAGGCAAAUUAGGGCAGUGCUUUGCAGAUGGUCUUUUACCAGAUAUUGGGUGGAAUUGGGUCUGCUCAUUGCAGAGGUGUUUGCAGUGAUUAUGGCGUUGGAAUGGGCUCUAGAUAAUGGUGUCGAACUCAUUCAACUCAAAUCUGAUUCUCAGGCAUCAAGGCUUUUCAAUCUGGACAGUUUCCGUGAAGCAAACUUUCUAGCUGAUAAUCUUGGCAAGAAAGGUGCUAGUCUUACUAGGGGUCAGUUGGAAGAAUUUGAUGCCGUGCCUCCUUUUAUGCACAUAUUGGAAUGGCCUGAUGAUGACUAUUUCAGAUUUCUAAUAAGACUUGUUGCCCCUGCUCCACUACUCCAAAUCCCCAAGUACCGCAACACGGACAUUUCUUUGUGCGAUUUCAACUUCUUUAUCGUCCUCCUCAGUAUGAGCCUAAGAUUACUGCAGCAGCAACAGCUUAACGUAAGAGUAAUCUCAAAUUAUUAUCAUUUUGAUCAACCAUUUCUACAUCAUGAGCUAUUUGUGAGAAAUUAUAAAAGUUCAAAACUCGAGAGUUUUGUCAUGAAUGAGUGCAAGUCAGGAAAGAUCAAGAAACUUGAUGAUGGUUUAAGAUAUUUUGAUCAGUUGAUUUCAGAAAGACCGUUACCAUCCAAUUUAUCAUUUAACCAUGUAUUAACCUCAUUAUCAAAGAUCAAAUGUUAUUCAGAUGUCAUGUUGUUGUAUAAGAAGAUGAGUUUGGUUGGGGUUGAACUCAGUGUUUAUACAUUCAACAUUUGGGUUAAUUGUUGCUGUCAAUUAGGCCAAGUGAAUCAUGGGUUUUCUUUGCUUGGAGAAAUUAUAAAGAGAGGUUAUCAUCCUAAUACGAUUACUUUCAAUACACUGAUUAGAGGAUUGUGUAUUCAAGAAAAUAUUGAUUUUGCAUUCAAAGUGUUCGGUAAAAUGUCUCAAACAGGUACUCAACCUGAUGCCUAUACAUGUAACACUCUUAUAUCUGGGCUAUGUAAAACUGGUAGAGUGGGUCUUGCUAUUGAGCUGAAAAACAAGAUGGGUAAAUGGAAUUGCAGCCCUAAUGUUGUUUCAUACUGUGCCAUCAUAAAUACACUUUGCAAAGGAGGUUUGGUUGAUGAAGCUUUGGUUCUCUUCUCCGAAAUGCUUAGAGAUUUGAGUAUUGUGCCAAAUGUGGUUGCUUACAAUUCUUUGAUUAACGGACUUUGCUAUUCAGGCCGGUUAAAUGAGGCGAAGAAACUCUUAGAUGAGAUGGCAAAAAGAAGAAUUUAUGCCGAUGAAUUCACCUAUAAUUCUAUAAUCCAUGGUCACUGCCUACACAGUCAAUGGAAAGAAGCAAGAAGAUAUUUUGAUGAGAUGAUUGAUCGAGAAAUUUUACCUGAUACGGUAACCUUUAAUAUUUUAAUAGAUUCACAUUGUAAAGAUGGAAUGAUAAAAGAUGCUUGGGGGUUAUUUAAACUGAUGGACCAGUUAAACAUUAAACCUGAUCAGACUACGUAUAAUUCAAUGAUCAGUGGUCUGUGUUUAACACGUCAGUUGCAAGAUGCGGUGGAACUGUUUGACUCCAUGGUAGAUAGAGGCCUUGAGCCAGAUGUCAUCAGUUGCAGCAUAUUAAUUGAUGGGUAUUGCAGAAAUCGUAAGCUGGAUGAAGCUAUGCAGCUAUUCGAGAAAAUGAAACAAAAUGGACUGCAACCCACAACGAUUACUUCCAAUAUACUAUUACGGGGGCUAUUCCGUGUUGGUAGAGUUAGGACUGCAAUGAGUUUGUUUAAUAAUAUGCCAUCUUUCGGUCAGUCUCCUGAUGAAGUUACAUAUGGUACAAUGUUGGAUGGACUCUGCAAGAACGGAAAAACUGAGGAAGCACUAGAAUUGUUUGAAACCAUAGAGGGUAUAGGUAUCUCAGCUAAUAUUCCCAUGUACAAUAUUCUUAUUUGCGGGUUUGGUCGGGCUGGCAAGUUAGAAGAGGCAAGAAAACUGUUUAAUGAAAUUCCAAGAAAAGGAUUAGUGCCAGAUGUAGUAACAUAUACCACAAUGAUGGAUGGCCUCUUUUGUAGCAAGAUGUUAUCGGAGGCUAACAAAUUAAUCAUCGAAAUGGAAAAAACGAGUUGUUUACCUGAUGUUAAAACAUAUAAUACCAUCAUUAAGGGUUUUCUUGUCUCAAAAGAGACUGACAAGGCAUUGCAAUUUUUCCGCAAGAUGCGUGAAAAAGAAUUUGUACCGAGUGAUUCUGUUGUUUCCUUGUUAACAAAUACUCUCUCGGCAGAUGAGCUAAAAAAUCUGUAGUUGUUUUGUUGGGGGAGAUAGACAAACUAACCGCACCACUUGUUGGGAAAAUCCAACAAGAACUAACCCACAAGAAACUAGAUCUUUGGAUCGACGUAGAAUGAAAGAUAAACGAUGAAAACACACAUUAAAAGCAAUAAGUAAAGCACACAAAACUUAACGUGGUUCGGCAAUAUGCCUACAUCCACCAAAACGAUUACGACUUCUUCGUUAUUAUGGAACCACUAAAUAGAGAUUUACACACUUAACGAUUGAUGAAUCAAUUAACAAACUACGAUCCAACAUUGUGUUGAUCAUAAACCCUAAAAUAAUUCUCUUGAACAAAACGCUCCAAUAUUACCGAAUAACGUCUGAGCCAACAAGAUAAUACUUAUCUCAUAUAACCGAGAUGAUCUCCUUCUAAACGAUGUAUCUUCCAACACCAACGAUGAUCUUCCACCAUCAACGAACAAGACGAUCUUCUUUUCACUAGAAUUCCACACCAAGAGGCGCGAUGGGAUCCCUAAAGACUUUAGAGAACUACAUUGUGUAUUUAUUCUCUAACUCUCUAG